AUGAUCAACUCCACUCAGGUCUCACAUUUCACUCUUGCUGCCUACUUUGACACCGGAGUUUUUAAAUACUUGUACUUCCUGAUUAUUUUGACUUUUUACCUCUCAAUAGUUUGUGCCAACGUCUUCCUCAUCGUGGUGAUCUGCAUGAACAGAAGUUUACAUGAGCCUAUGUACCUGUUCCUGUGCAGCCUGUUUGUGAAUGAACUGUAUGGUAGUACAGGCUUGUUCCUGCUCCUCCUGGUUCAGGUUCUGUCUGACGUUCACACUGUUUCUGCUUCGUUAUGUUUCCUGCAGGUUUUCUGCUUGUACUCGUACGGGGGUAUAGAAUUUUUGACCUUAGCCAUCAUGUCCUAUGACAGAUACCUGGCUAUCUGCUACCCUCUGCAGUACAACACUCAUAUGACGUUGAAUAAGAUUGCCAAGCUCACUGCUCUGAUUUGGUUGUACCCUCUGCUCAUGAAUAUGUUCAUCGUUUACUAUCUGACUCUGCCUCUGCAGCUGUGCGGGAACAUCAUUAACAAAGUUUACUGUGACAACUACUACAUCGUCAAACUGGCGUGCUCCGACACCACCCUCAAUAACGCCUUCGGACUCACUCACAUGUUCACGGUCAUCUUUGGUCUCAUACUGAUGAUUAUUUACACGUAUAUCAGGAUUCUUAAGGUGUGUUUUUCUGGCUCUAAGCAGACGAGGCAGAAAGCCGUCAGCACCUGCACGCCUCACCUGGCCUCCCUGCUCAACUUCUCUUCCGGCUGUUUCUUUGAAAUCGUGCAGAGCAGGUUUGAUUUGUAUAAUUUGCCCAUUAUGUUGCGUAUUUUUUUGUCAUUAUACUGGCUGACAUGUCAGCCGCUCAUCAACCCUUUACUGUACGGACUGAAAAUGUCUAAGAUACGCACCGUAUAUAAACGUCUGCUCUUUGGGGAGAAAAUGGACAUAUCAGACAACUAA